AUGGAUUAUCCGCGAGAUGAUAAAUACAGUCGGUCACAUAAUUACGAAUAUUACCACGAUAACCCAUGGGCAGAUUAUGACGAUAAGAAGAUAGAACGUCGCUACACACAGAAAAGCGAACAACCAAGAGCAGCCAGAGAGGGCGGUACAAGGGCGGAAACGAUGACCAGCUGGAUUCAGAGGCAGGCAGGCUCACACAGUGUGCAGCUGGCGGGCGCGGCCGUGUUGUCUGGUGUUGCUGUGGCUGGUGCAAUUCUUGGUUACCAGAGCGUGAAGCGUCAAGCAGCUGUUGAAAAGCUCAAGGCCUCCAUACCAGCUCUGGAUGAGAGUUCUGCGGAGAAGGUUGGUAUCUCCCUGGAAUAUGGUGUAGUGACACCGCCAGUGAGCGAGGAGGAUCGACGGAGUGCUAUUCUUGCUAAGAGAGCUCAGCAGGGAGACUAUGAUGAUGAUCUCAUUCUCGAACAGCUUGCCCGAAACCGUGUAUUCCUCAACGACGAAGGCUUAGAAAAGCUUCGAUCUUCCUUCAUAAUAGUUGUCGGGUGUGGGGGAGUGGGUUCUCAUGCAGCUGCAGCCCUUGCUCGAUCAGGCGUUGGGAGAAUUCGGCUCAUAGACUUCGACCAAGUGACACUCUCAUCACUGAAUCGGCAUGCACUCGCGACACUAGCAGACGUUGGAACCCCAAAAGUCAAUUGCAUCGAGCGGAGGCUACAACAAAUAGCCCCCUGGGUGCGUUUUGACUGUCGUAACCAGCUAUAUAGUGAGGCAGCUGCCGACAAAUUACUGAGCCCUUGGUCUAUGGCGAACGACACGGUGACCCGCAAGCCAGAUUACGUACUGGACUGCAUCGACAAUAUAUCCUCCAAGGUCUCUCUACUGCACUACUGCCAUUCGCGCGGUAUAAAGGUCAUAUCAUCAAUGGGUGCUGGGUGUAAAUCAGACCCUACUCGGAUUGCCAUAGGGGACAUCUCACUCAGCCUGGAAGACCCUCUGUCGAGAAGCACACGGCGCCGUUUGAAGAUGCUAGGAGUUUCAAGCGGGGUACCUGUCGUUUUCUCUCUUGAGAAGCCAGGUCCGGGGAAAGCUGAGCUCUUACCCCUAGCCGAAGAAGAGCUUAACAAAGGUGACGUUUCUGACCUGGGAGUUUUGCCGGAUUUCAGAGUCCGUAUACUUCCAGUACUCGGAACAAUGCCCGCUAUUUUCGGCUAUACUGUUGCAAACUAUGUCAUAUGCGAGGUAUCCGGAUAUCCCAAUGAAUACAACCCAUCGGCUAAAAGCAGAGACAAGUUUUACGACAGCGUCCUGGGAACCCUACAGGGCACCGAAGCUCGUCUUGCGAGGACUAUUGAAGGCCAGGAUCCAGUUGGAUUGAGGCUACCUAUCAGUAAAGAGGACGUUGGCUAUCUGAUGGAAGAAGUCUGGAGAAGCAAGAGCGUGGUCAGCAGCCUCACUACUCGGCUAGUCCUGAUAAGGUGGGAACGCCCUGCUCAUGGCUUUGGAGUAGAUCCUGAACUCCUCAAGGAGGGCCAGAAGGGUGCACGACUACAGCUCGACGAGUUGGUAUGCAUGACCAAGGAGGAAGCCUUACGUCAUGAGACUGAAGUUCUCAAGGGAGGCAAGAAACACUCUGAAGUAUAUGAUGACACGAUUAUUCAAAAGGUGCGGCAGCGUAUGGAGGAAGAGCGAUUCUUCCAGAGAUAUAGAUGA